AUGGUCGACACGAGUGCAUAUCCCGUCCCUCCACUCGCCGGGGACACCCGCGGAUACUGGUUGGAAACACGGCCUCAUGAUGAGUCUCUAGACUCUAGGAAUGUCGUGGAUUUCCCCCGUCCCUUGAAUCUUCCGGCUGAUCUUAGCGUUCUCACCGCCGGAACUUCCGACUACGCUGGUUCGUACAUCAUCUGGCCUCCCGACCAUGCCAACUCUCCCACGUCCUGGUAUGACUGGGUCGCGAGGGAGCAUGACUGCUACGAAUGCCGGCGCAACUCACUCGGAAGUCAUGGUCAACAAUCCGAAGGCACCCAACAGCUUCCCCAGGGCACUAUGGCACCGCUCAUGGAGAUGCUUCCCCCGUCGUUCUUCGCUUCCCAGCCGGAUGCCUUUUCAUUCAUCCACGCCCCGUUCCCCGAGACAACAUACUCCUCUCCAGCUGUUCAGAACAAUAUCGGUGGAAUAGUCUCCCAGCUGCCCCAUCCGCAACAACACCCACCUCCAGAGGUUCAAGCACUGCCCGUAGCAGCUUUCUUCCAGCCAUCGGCUCCUGACUACAGCCACCAAGCCUUUCAGCCAACGCGACACAACCCGGCUCAGCAGCACUACCAACCUCACACCAUUGCAGACAUGCAGCAGACCCCCACUACCCAACCGCCACCCCACCCCUUUCUCUCCGACCUCCUCCCAGCCCCAGCCCCCCUCUCUCUCGACAACAACGCCCCCCAACACCCCGUACCGAGCCCCCCUAUAGCCCACGCCCGCCGAACUGCCCCCCCCAACGCGGAGGAACGGUACCAGUGCGCCCACCUCCUCCCCUCCGGCCAGGUCUGCAGCGCCGAGUUCCCCCGCCACUGGGAACUAGACCGCCACAUCGACACGCUCCACAUCAAGUCCACGCGCACCACCUGCCACGACUGCAAGCCCUCACAGACGUACCGACCCGACUGCUGGCGCCGCCACUGGAGGAGGACACACGCGGUGAGAUUUAUCGAGGAGAGGGGGGAUCAGUUUUUCGUGGGGUUGCUGGAGCGGCAACAAGAGCGGGCUGGUGACGGACAAGCAGGAACGGGGCAGCAAAAGGGGGAGGUGGCGUUGACGAGGAAGAAGGAGAUUGCGUUGGACGUGUGGGAGGCGAUGAAGAAGAACGGGAGGCAGGGGCCGUUGUUUGAGGAGAGGAAGAGGGCUAUGAGGUGGUACAUGAGGGAGGGGAGGAGCUGA